UACAGUUUCGUCCAAGGUUAACCUUCAUUAAUUUCUAUCCUAACUGGUUAAGAGUCAAUGUAGUAGAAGCAAACUCUGAUUUUAUCUAACUUCUUCUUCCAUGUUUCUGAAUCUUCUUAGAAGCUCUAGUAAUCUCACUCAAAUCAGUCAAAUUCAUGCUCAGAUCAUUGUAAAUGGCAUUGCUCUUCAUACUCAUUUUCUUUCCAAACUCAUCGAGCUUCGAUUAGUCGAUUAUGCACGUGCUUUCUUUAAUCAAAUACCUUCACCAACUGAUUACUCAUGGAACUCAAUGAUUAGACUUUAUACCCUCAAUGGGUUUCCUCAAACAUCUAUAUCUUUGUACUCUGAAAUGCUAAAGAAUGACUAUAAAUCAAGUCAUUUCACAUACCCAUCUCUGUUUAAGGCUUGUUCCAUAUGUUCUUCAGUCCAACUAGGAGAACAGAUACAUACCCAUGUUGUAAAGUUUGGGUUUCAGUAUGAUUUGUUUGUAAAUAAUUCUUUGAUUGAUAUGUAUUGCAAGUGUUCCUGUAUUGGUUCUGCACAGCAUGUGCUUGACGAAAUGCCUGAAACAGAUGAAGUUUCUUGGAAUUCUAUCAUUUCCGGUUAUGUGAGUUUGGGGGAGGUUGAAAAGGCAAGGGUGUUGUUUGAACAAGUGCCUGUUAGAAGAAAUGUUGUUUGUUGGACGUCUUUGAUUAACGGGUAUGGAAGGAAAGGGAAUUUAGAUGAGAUGUUUCGUUUGUUUUUGCAAAUGCUUGUUUCUGGAGACGAUGAUGCUGAACCUAACUCUACAACUAUGGUUUGUCUUCUUUCUGCAUGUUCAAGUCCUUCUGAUUCUAAACUGGGACUGUGGGUUUCUGUUUUUAUAGAUGUUAAUCGAAUACCAGUGACUACAAUCUUGGGUACUGCUCUUAUGGAUAUGAACUCGAGAUGUGGUGAUUUGGAUAACGCGCGGAGACUCUUUGAUCGGAUGUCUGGUAAGAAUUUGGUCUCAUGGAAUGCUAUGAUCUCUGGUUAUGUUCAAACUGCACGAUUCGAAGAAGCAAUCAGAUUGUUUGAUCUUAUGCAGACGCGCUCUGUGAAACCGAACGAGAUUACAAUGGUGAAUGUUUUGUCGGCUUGUUCUGGUUUGGGUGCAUUAGAACUUGGUAAAAAAGUUCAUAUCUACUUGGCUAGGAAUGGAUUAGAUUUGAAUGUGAUCGUUGCAGCUGCUCUUGUAGACAUGUACACAAAAUGUGGGAGGGUAAAUGAUGCUUGCUUGGUGUUUGUGAAGACGCCAAAUAAAGAUGUAGCCUUGUAUAACGCCAUGAUCUUAGGCUUAGCACAUCAUGGUCGUGGAAGUGAUUCGUUAGCUGUUUUUGCAGGAAUGGAAAGAAAUGGAACACACCCAAAUGAUAUUACAUUUAUCGGAGUUUUAUCGGGUUGUAAUCAUUCAGGACUGGUCGAGGAGGGAAGAUAUAAGUUCUGGGAUAUGGUCAAGAAAUAUGGGUUGAGUCCAAAAAUUGAACAUUAUUCUUGCAUGGUGGAUCUUCUCGGCCGAGCUGGGUAUCUUGAUGAAGCUUUUGGGUUGAUUCAAAACAUGGAGAUUUCACCAGAUUCAUUAAUUUGGAGUUCUUUGCUUAGUUCUUGUAGAAUUCACCGGAAUAUCGAGUUGGCUGAUAAAAUUGCUGAAGUUAUCCUGUCAAUCCAGAAUCCGAAUUCGGGUUCCUGCAUUUUGUUAUCAAACAUUUAUGCUUCUGUUGGUAGGUGGAAGGAUGUUAUCAGAAUGAGGAGAUUAGUUAAGGAAAAGGGAGAUAAGAAGCCACCGGGUGUUAGUUGGAUAGAAUUAGAUGGUAGCAUUCACAAGUUCGUUGUUGAGGAUAUACAUCACCUGCAGUCUAAAGAGAUUUAUGAGAUACACAAAUUUUUGACAGACCAAUUGAAAGCUGAAGGAUAUGUAUCGAAGUUUGCUUUUACUUAAAAGAAGGUUCAUGGUAUGCAAUACUAUCUUUUCUGUCACUCAACUGAAAUCCCAUUUAACAGAAGUGCUUGCCUAAACAAGGAGUUAUGAUCCCCAAAAUUGCAGAUAAAAAGAAAAAGUACAAAUAAAGAUUCUCAAUUAAAAGGUGUCAGUAACCAGCGACGACAGUAAGAAGAAAAACCUACUAUAUCAAAAUUACAGUACUUCAACUCUCUGGUUCUGGUUCCGAUGCUGCUUCUGCUGGGGUCUCACAAUGUUUAUGGCAAAGCAAAGUUUCAUUUCUGGACCAGCAGGUAUACGGAAACACCAGAUUUGCACCUUACAUCCAGGAACUAAUGCCAAUUCGGCAACCAAUUUAUUCCAGUUACCUGUAAAAACCCUGUUUCCAAGACUAGGCCAGUACUUGAAAUCAAUAUCCCACACUCUUGGAAUUGGAUCAAUCAAUCUAUUUUUCAGUCCCUUCUUAUUAUAUGAUACAUCAUAUAUCAUCUUUUCAUCUUCUGUCAUGAUGCUAUCUAACAAGGCAUGACAAUCAGUUGGCAGAGAUAGCCUAUUCUGGUUUGUUCUAAUGUCACUUUGGUAUAGAACUUCAUCGAUUGCUUCUUUUAUGUGAUCAGGAAUCAACUGUGCAGUCUGAACCCCUCCGCCCUGCGGUUAUUUGAUCUUCUUCGUUAUUUGAUCAUAGUACUGACGAUCUUGGUUAAGUUGGUGAGGGAUGUGUAAUACGCGGUGUUCUUCAACUUUUUGAUGCUUCAUUGAUGUAGAAGAACUCCCUUGAAGACAUUGAAAGGAGGUAUUAUUGGUCUUCUUCUGAAUGUAACUAGAAACCUCCUCAUCCUCUCUGGGCAUUGUUCUUUUCUUUUUUGGAAUAUGGGUCUUCCAGGGAAUGAAUUCUUCAUCCUCAACCGUUCUGCUGCUGCAGCUACCUUCAACCUCAUUCAGUAAUGAUCCUGCUGGUGGUGGUUUAUUUAAAUCUGGUGUUUCCAUUUUCAUCUCCCUUUCAACAAUUUGCAUCUCCCUUUGAACAAAACACUGCACACCUUCAAGAGAACUUAAACCCAUCUUUUUAAAUUCAAGAAUCUGUUUAUCUUGGUAAUCUUCAUCUUUAUUUUUUCUUUUUCUUUCUUCCUUUUCCUCUGUUAAUUUCUUCAAGAAAGCAUCAUCAUCAUCUGAACUCGUUAUGAACCCAAGUAUUGUAUCCCACCUCAAUUUACUGCUCAUGGGACUCAC